GACAUAAAAAUAUUGCGAGCUGACCUCAACAACAUUGUCUCGAUAUACUCGAAUAAUCAAUUCUCUGCUCGAUUUCCAAUAGGAAUAUCCCGAGACUAAUAAUCAUGGCUCUCGUCCUCCAAGCCUAUACAUUCGCCCAGCAAUAUGUCGCCUCCUACCUUCAUCCAACCCCGACAAAGUCCCCAAUGGGCCUGAAAUUGGGCGUCAUCUCAACAGCUCAAAUCAAUCCUGCUGCAAUCAUACAUCCCGCUGAAACUCAUCCGGACGUGAUUCUCUAUGGAAUUGCCUCUCGCGACCUUGAAACAGCCAAGCAGGCCGCUCAGAAAUAUAACUUUAAGAAAGCUUAUGGCUCAUACCAGGACCUCAUAGACGACCCUGAGAUUGACUUCGUGUACAUUUCCACUCCUAACGGACUGCACUAUGAAUGGGCCAGCAAAGCACUGAGGGCUGGCAAGCACGUACUUUGUGAAAAGCCAUUUACCUCUAACGCCGAAGAAGCUCGUAAGUUGGUUGAGUUGGCCAAAGUGAAGGGCUUAGUAUGCGAAGAAGCGUUCCAUUGGCAAUUCCAUCCCUCCGCCCAUUUGUUCCGAGAGAUCCUCGAUUCUGGCAGAUAUGGUCGCAUUCUGCGGACCAGUGCUAUCAUGACAGCUAGUCCAGGUGUCCCAGACGGUGAUAUCAGAUGGCAGUUUGAACUCUCUGGCGGUUCUUCGAUGGAUAUGACUUAUGCCCUGUCUUUCACCCGUUUUGCCGUCCAUGGAGCCAAGCUCAAAGAGGUUCAAUCGGCCGUCGCUAGACCCUAUGCCCAGGAUAAACGGGUCGACGAAGCAAUGCAUUCCCUGAUACUUUUCGAGGACCCCAAAGAUGGACAUUUGAUCCAAAGCCGUAUCUAUACGGACAUGGCUCGACAGUGGGUAAUCAAGAAAAUCGUCCCACGCGUCUGGGAAUUCCCAUCCAUCGAGGUCGAGACCGACAAGGCAAUUAUUUACUAUUAUAAUGCCAUGAUGCCACAUCUGUACCAUUACAUUUCCAUCACCGAUAAGACCACCGGUAAGACAGAGUAUAAGAAACAGUACAAAGGCGGUCCUUGCUGGGGUGAGUCUUGGACCACCGGCGGAAAAGGUGGAAAGGCUUACUGGAGCACAUAUCGUUAUCAGCUCGAAGCGUUUACCGAAAAGGUUCGAGGCAAGCAUGUGCCUUACUGGAUUUCAGGUGAAGAGAGUAUUGCGCAGAUGGAGGCGAUCGAUGCGAUCUACAAGAUCGCUGGUCUGCCUACGCGGCCAUCCGUGUCAAAGGAAAUGAAAUCUUGAUUGUCUGAACGUGUAUAUUAGUGAAUAGGUGUUUGUCUGAAUAAAUCUGGAGGUGAUUAAUUUUAUGUAACAAUGUCAUGGAUAAAUUUACGAUGCAUAGUUAGGGUUGACUACGUAGACGAAACUCGAUGUGAAUGAUAACUAUGUCCAACAUCGAAGUAUCUAUACCUCCGAAACUUGAGUUGUCAUACUAAUUUCCUCCGAAUACCUCAUUUUCCAGUUUCUUCUCGUAGUCCAAGACCUCCGGCAACUUUACUUUUCCGUAACUAGUCGGCUUCUGUGGCACAUAGUCCUCGACAUUGGGGAAAGGGCCGCGCGGUGUGAUAGCCAGAGGAUUGAUUUGACCAUGGCUUUUCGUGUACUGC